AUGUUCUCGACUGGAGGCAUCUUGGUGCUAACCCUGGUAGGGUACUUAAGUUGGCGGCGCAACAGUAUCAAGAUGUCGGACCGUGAUCGGCCGCGUCUCCUUCGGUUGGACCACCCCACGAUUGACGACAUGGCGUUGAAGCAGGCAGAGCUUCAUGAUGCCAUCACCCAGCUUACCAGUGACCCAGAAUGCGAACAGUGUCAGGAAUUUGAGGCUAAAGGGUAUCUGGAGAUGAUGCCCCAAGGUGUCUGUCACUCAUAUAUGGCGAAUAAGCGUCAGCUGCAGGACCUCCGAGAGCUCUUGAAGACUAUAGCCGAAUGGCGGCAACGUAAGACUCAGGAUAUCGGCUAUGUAGCUGCGGCCUCGGGCUUCCGCCGCCGUCUUUCAACCACGAUGACAGCGCCACCCGGUCAACCAAGAGAGUCAUGCCUGGAUUGGGCACCAAUAGAUAUUUAA